CUGCGAACAGCACCACGGCGCCGGCUUUGGAACUCUUGACUCGUGCCAUUGCCUUCGUCGCAUCUAGCUCAUCGUAGGUGAGAGAGACGUAAAUGUUCGGUUCCUUGAGCGAUUGUUCGCCUUCGAACGAUUUUUGCACUGGAGGAUGCAUCUCUGCCAUCGUAGCAAUCGCACACUCCGACGGUAUAGGCGCUCAAUUGACGGAGAUAGAGGGUCUUCAUGCGAUGGUGAAGGUGGGAUCGGAUUGAUCCGGAGACCCUUCCGCUGACUCAGGCCCUCCCUUGUCCGGACACAUUCGAGGUCGCAACACCCCCCUUACACGGUAUUUGUACCCUGCACUCCAAUUACAUCCGCGGCAUCAACAUGUCCUCUCUCCGCCAUCCCGCUCGCCGUCUCCUCACCUCCGCCGUCCUCGACUCCCGCCCUUCCAUACUUCCCCAAAAACGGCGUCUCGCCACCGCCGUCUCCGAGCCUCCUCCACCAUUGACUCCUUCGUCCCAACCUCGCCCGGCCAGCUCCUUCACAGACCGCCUAAACACCGGCCCCUCCUUCUCCGACUUCGUCUCUCCCAACCACACAUCCGAGCCCCUCCACGAAGAGGAUGCCUUCGAACUCCGCACAGUAGACGAUGCCCACUCCCUCCGCACAGUCCAGGUCGGCCCAUCCGGCCGCAAACGCACACACACGCGUCUACCGGAAUGGCUCAAGACACCAAUCCCCACAAACGAUAACUACAAGCGGAUAAAGAACGACCUUCGAGGCCUAGGCCUACAUACCGUCUGCGAGGAAGCGCGCUGCCCCAACAUCUCCGACUGCUGGGGCGGCAGCAACAAGAGCGCCGCCACGGCGACUAUCAUGCUCAUGGGCGAUACGUGCACGCGCGGGUGUAGGUUCUGCAGUGUCAAGACCUCCAACACCCCUCCACCGCUAGAUCCUCACGAGCCGGAGAAUACGGCCGAGGCGUUGAAGAGGUGGGGAUUAGGGUAUGUGGUGUUGACGAGUGUGGAUCGAGAUGAUCUGGUCGACGGAGGCUCCCGGCAUUUCGCGGAGACCAUUAUGAAGAUCAAGCAGAAAGCGCCUACAAUCCUCGUGGAGGCUUUGACGGGAGACUUUGCGGGAGAUUUGGAGCAGGUGGGUGUAGUGGCAAGGAGUGGGUUGGAUGUGUACGCGCAUAAUGUCGAGACUACUGAAGAACUGACGCCGACCGUUCGGGAUCGACGAGCGAAGUUCAGGCAGUCGCUCGAUGUACUACGAGCUGCUAAAGCCGCCAAGCCCGAGCUGAUCACCAAGACGUCCAUCAUGCUUGGCCUGGGCGAGACGGAGGAGGGUCUGUGGGAUGCUUUGCGGGAAUUGAGGAAGGCCGAUGUAGAUGUCGUAACGUUUGGGCAGUACAUGCGACCUACGAAGCGGCACAUGAAGGUCGAAGAGUACGUGCGGCCGGAGACCUUCGAGAUGUGGAGGCAGAGGGCGUUGGGGCUGGGGUUCUUGUACUGUGCGAGCGGGCCGCUGGUGCGGAGUAGUUACAAGGCGGGUGAGGCGUUCAUCGAGAAUGUGCUUAAGAAGCGGGCAAGGAUGAAUACACUUGUGGGCGCCGAGGAGAUGGGUGGGAUGGAGGCGACCAAGGCGCUGUAGUGGCCCCAGGGGCUCGUAGUGUAACAAAUUGUACCAUUACACACUUCGUACACUUAACGUCCUGGUUUGCUUAUGAUGGUACAGGUGGCGGAGCUUGUGUGCCUGUCCCCGCACCGCCUGCCUGUGGCAUUGGCUGUGGCGGGAGAAAGAGUGGCAUAUAUGCGACUCCCACACCCAGCACCGCCAUGCCGAUGGACAUGUACGCAGGCGUUGCGGCGGUCGCUUUCGAGGCCGGUGUUUCUGAUAGC